AUGAGGGUCGUUUCGUCACUCGUUAUAACCUCAGCACUUGUAGCUCGCGUGCUGGGCGCAUCCAAUAGCUCUGCUGGCCUUCUGUCUUCUGAACCUGAACGUCUGGGGAACUUCGCAGAAGCUUACAGCAAAGCCAAGGCUCUCGUAGCUCAAUUGACCAACUCCCAGAAAAUCUCUGUCAUCACCGCAGGCGAUGUCACUUCCAACUCUUCUUCCGCUACCAAUGUCUCGUGGACCGCUUAUACAAGCAAAGAUGCUUUCGCAGGCAUGAAUAACGACUACUUUGUUUCUGGUUUCAGUGCUGGCAACGCACUUUCCAUGACCUGGGAUCUCGAUAUGGUUCACGCUGAAGCUAAGGCUUCCGGAGAUGAAUUCUAUGGCAGAGGUUACGCACUCAUCUCAGGCCCUGAAGGCGGACCGUUGGGUCGCACGCCUUGGGGUGGUCGUCAGGCUGAAGCGAUGUCGCCUGACCCAUAUCUCUCCGGACUUAUUCUUGGCCAGGCGAUCGCCGGCAUGAAUUCAGCCGGUGUCAUUGCUGGAGGCCGUCACUUUCUGCUUAAUGAGCAGGAGACCAACCGCACCUCCGGCCUGGGCGGCUCUACCACCACCGUUUACUCCAGUAACGCCGAUGACAAGACGAUACACGAGCUAUAUCUCUGGCCAUUCGCGGAUGCCGUUCGAUCUGGAAUGGCUGCAGUCAUGUGCGCCAUGAAUCGUGCCAACGACACCGCGUCGUGUGAGAACAGCCGCCUUCUCAACGAUCUUCUUAAGAAUGAGCUUGGAUUCCCUGGAUUUGUCUGGCCAGAUGUUGGCGGCCAGACUUCAGCAUUUGGAGCUGCCAAUGGUGGGUCUGACUAUGGUUCCUCCAGCCUCUGGUCGGAGUCGACCAUCACUGCAGGCAUUGCCAACGGCUCCCUCACUCAAGAUCGUCUCGAUGACAUGACUAUUCGCAACAUCAUUCCGUACUACUAUGUUGGCCUCGACGACGGCAACUUGCCGUCUCAGGCUGAGGCCACCGAGUACCGCGAUGUGCGAGCGAAUCACAGCAGCCUCAUUCGCAAUAUCGGCGCAGCAUCCCUAGUCCUACUCAAGAACUCUAACACUUCAGGUGCUGGUCUCCCAUUGAAUGGCCCUCGCACUGUCAGUAUCUUUGGCGCUCAUGCUGGACCUGCCAUGGCAGGGCCCAACAUGGCUUUCAGUGUCCAGGGCACCGAUGAACCGACCUAUCAAGGUCACCUUGUUUCUGGGUCUGGAUCUGCCCAGCUCUCGCUCAGCUACAUCAGCACGCCGUACCAAAGCAUCAUGAACCGCACUAUAAACGAUGGAGCCAUGCUCUGGUGGAUCAUGAACGACACUUAUUCCUCCAGCUCAGGAGGCAUGGGAGGAGGCAUGGGCGGAGGUUCGCCGCCCUCUGGAGCGAAUUCGACGGAUGGCGGAAACUCCACGGAUGGUGGUAUGGGAGGUGGCGGUGGCGGUGGCGGCGGUGCUGGCAUUGGCCAGUCCGGUACUUCUGUGUCGCCCUCCUUUACCAAUUACGCCUCCGUUUCCGAAGCAUGCAUCGUCUUCCUAAACUCUUUCUCUGGCGAGGGUGCCGACCGCACUGAGCUCUUCAACAACGACCAAGACACCAUGGUUACGAGCAUCGCUUCAGAGUGCAACAACACCAUUGUCGUCAUCAAUACCCAAGGUCCGCGCCUUCUGGAGGCUUGGAUUGACAACGAGAACGUCACUGCCGUCCUCUAUGGCGGAUACCUCGGCCAGGAAUCUGGCAAUGCCAUUGCCGACGUACUUUACGGCGAUGUCAACCCAAGCGGCAAACUCAUCAACACCAUUGCAAAGAAUGAGAGCGACUAUCCUGUAUCCAUUUGCUACGACGCGGACUGCGAUUACGAUGAGGGUGUCUACAUCGACUACAGACACUUCGACAAGUACAACAAGACGGUUCGCUACCCCUUCGGGUACGGUCUUUCUUACACCUCAUUCGAGUACUCCGAGGCAAAGCUCAAUUCUACCGACUCCAGUGCUUUGAACAGCACGUACCCAACCGGCACCGCAACACUUGGUGGAAAGUCUGACCUCUUCGACACGGUAGUCAGCAUCGACUUCACCCUGUCCAACACUGGUGAUCUCGCAGGAGCAGAAGUCGCCCAACUCUACGUUGAGUACCCGGCUGCUGCGGACCAGCCUCCCAAGCAGCUGCGUGGCUUCAAGAAGGUCGCUCUUGAGGCUGGCGCUUCUACCCAAGUCACGUUCGAGAUCCGCCGCAAGGAUAUCAGCUACUGGGAUGUUGUGGCCCAGGACUGGGCGAUUGCAAAGGGUGACUACAACUUCCACGUAUGCUCCAAUUCGCGCGAUUGCAAGGAUAGUGUGAAGGUCACUGUCUAA